AAGUAGAAAUUUCCCCCGUAAGCUAUCUCAAUUGUCAAUUCUCAACGAAUCCUGAAUUUCCCUUUCCAGUUCCAACCAGGCUCCAACAACACCGCAAGCAUCACAGCCAUUGAUUUUCAUCACCAAACAUCAUUAAUAAUAUAUCAACGGCGUUUAAUUUUCCACGUAAUCCCACCACAAAAGACCACAAAUUCUUGUCACUAUAAAAUAAAAUCUAUCAAAAGUCUCAAUAUUCUCUUUAUCCCCCUUCCUUUUUUUGUUACCGGAGAAAAUGAUCCGCUGUGCUGCCGGCGCACCGUUAUUCCUACUCCUUCUACUGAGUUCACUCGUUGAAAGCCGUCAGAUUGCCGAUGAUUUCAUUCUAUUACCGUCUGAUCGAUCUAAGAUACUUGAUCAUGCUUUCAAAAAUGUUGAUGAUGAUGAUUCUAUAGGGACUAGAUGGGCGAUUUUGGUUGCUGGCUCUAAUGGAUUCUGGAAUUACCGACAUCAGGCUGAUGUUUGUCAUGCUUACCAAGUAUUGAAGAAAGGUGGUUUGAAAGAAGAAAACAUUAUUGUUUUCAUGUAUGAUGACAUUGCCUACAACGACGAGAAUCCUAGACCUGGGACCAUCAUCAAUAACCCAUAUGGAGCUGAUGUCUAUGCAGGAGUCCCAAAGGAUUAUACUGGAGAUAAUGUCACUGUCCACAACUUUUUUGCUGCUUUACUUGGCGACAAAAAAGCUAUCACAGGUGGUAGUGGAAAGGUGGUGGAGAGCGGCCCAAAUGAUCAUAUAUUCAUCUACUACUCAGACCAUGGUGGUGCUGGCGUGCUUGGUAUGCCAACCGUUCCUUACCUUUAUGCUGAUGAUCUGAUUAAAACAUUGAAGAAAAAGCAUGCAUCUAGGACUUAUAAGAGCUUGGUAUUUUAUCUUGAGGCCUGUGAGUCUGGAAGCAUGUUUGAGGGUCUUCUUCCUGAAGGGCUGAAUAUAUAUGCUACCACUGCUGCCAAUGCUGUAGAGAGUAGUUGGGGGACCUACUGUCCUGGAGAUGAUCCUAGUCCUCCUCCUGAGUAUGAUACAUGUCUGGGUGAUAUGUAUAGUGCGGCUUGGAUGGAAGACAGUGAGAGUCACAACUUGCGGACUGAAACCUUGAAGCGUCAAUAUGAACUGGUUAAGAAGAGGACAGCCAAUGGAGGCUCCUAUUAUGGCUCACAUGUUUUGGAGUUCGGUGAUAGAGAACUUAGCAAAGAUAAAGUCUACUUAUACAUGGGUACAAAUCCUGCUAAUGAUAAUUUUACGUUUGUUGAUGAUAACGCAUUGCGCCCGGUGUCUUCAAAAGCUGUUAACCAACGGGAUGCUGAUCUUGUCCACUUUUGGGAAAAGUUCCGCAAGGCUCCUGAAGGAUCGCAAAGGAAGGCAGAAGCUCAGAAACUGUUUAUGGAGGCAAUGUCGCAUAGAGUUCACUUAGAUCAAAGCAUUACACUUGUCGGGAAGCUUUUGUUUGGGAUAGAAAAGGGUCCGGCAGUCCUUCAGACUGUCCGCCCCUCUGGACAAUCCCUCGUUGAUGAUUGGAGAUGCCUUAGAACGCUGGUUAAAACUUUUGAGAUGUAUUGCGGUUCUCUAUCUCAGUACGGAAUGAAGCACAUGCGUUCCCUCGCAAACAUAUGUAAUGCUGGAAUCACGACUGAUCAGAUGGCCGAAGCAUCUUCACAGGCAUGUCCAAGUGUUCCUUCUGGCCCGUGGAGUUCUCUAAUCAAAGGAUUUAGCGCUUGAUGUGUAUACCGUUCAAAGAAACUAAUUUGAUAAAAGGCUCGAAGGGAAAACUUUCAAUUAACAUGUUGUCUUAUGUUGUUGGUGUUCUUUCUCGUUGGUUGAAGAUUUCAGUCUCUCUCAUGGAUACAUAUUCCUUGUAACUACAUUACCUGUAAAUAGGAAACUUUAUAAAUGAAUUUGUAUUAAACUUUAUUUACAGUGUUUGAUUUGAUUAUAAAACAAUUUCCGUGAAAACAAUUUCCAUGAGUA